AUGAGAUAUAGUCCAGCUUCUUAACAAUAUGGAUAGGCAUAUGGGUAUUCUUAACCAUAGCAAUCUGUUCGACCACCCUAUCAAUCCUAUAAGCCGAACGACAAUGCAUAAAGUCACACAGUUACUCACCCUCAUGUUAGGGAAAUGUACCAUCGAGAAGCUCCAAUUACAGUAGUUACUCGAGAUGAGAUUGAGAGUGUUUGGAAGGCCAAAUGCUCAUAAUUAGAGUAAGCAUUAACAGAAUGUCAAACAGAAGUGAUGAGACUGAGAGGAAUUGGGGCCACUGAAAAAAUCACGUAUGUUGAAGAUACUUUGAAGAUCAAUUAAUUGUAUCUGGAAAUUGAUAGAUUAAAUAAGUGCUUGUUGGAUAUGUCUUUGGAAUUGGAUCAAUACAAACACAAAUUAUAUAUGGCAACAGACAAAUAGGCAAGAUAAUAAGCAGAAAUAGAUAUUGAUAAGAUGAGAGCAAUUAUGGUCGAGAAUGAAGCCAUGUUAAAUGCUGAAAUUGUUAGACUCAGAGAUCAAAAUGAAGAACUCUCUAAGAGAUAUCGCAUUCUAGAGUUAUCAAUGGCUGACAGCAGACAUCAAUUAUCACUUAAGGAAUAUGAAGCCACUCUCUCUUAGUUGAGAUAAGAAAUCGACAGAGCUCAAUUCUCCAUAAAUAGUCAAAGGGCUGAAACUGAAGAAUGGAAGUUAAAAUACCAAAGACUUGAAGCAUAAUUGAGAGAUUCUGCUUAGUAUGAGGUUGAAAUUAGAAGAUUGAAGGAAAUGGUUGAUAAUCGAAAUAGGGAAAUAGAAUCACUUAAAUUAAAUUCUCAAUUCGAAAACGAUGGCAAACUUUAGAAUUUACAACUUGAAAUAGAGAGGUUGCAGAAUGAAUUGAGAUAAAAGAAUUAUGAAACCAAUCGUCUUAGAUCUCAAAUCCAAUAACAAGAAUCAACCAUCAAAUAUUUAAAUAGUAAGAUUUCAGAAUUAGACAAUAAGAUUCUGCAAAUGAAAUCAGAGUAUGAUUCUCUUAAGGCCAAUCAACUCAGUUACAAACCAAUUAUCUAAUCAAAUAAUGAGGACAAGGAAUAAAUUGAUAGGUUGAGAAGUCAAAUUCAAUAAAUGAACAUAGAAAUUGAGGAUUGGAAAUCGAGAUAUAAUGAAUUAGACAAAAUGUAUUAGGAUCUUGAAUACGAAUAUUAAAAUAGCAAUACAAGUUAUGAAGAAGUUACCAAACUUACAAAUGAUGUCCAAAUUUGGAAGAACAAAUUCUAGGAACUCAACAGAGAAUAUCAUCAAGUCUAGGAGGAGUUGGUUGUCACCUCUGCUGAAUUGGAUUCAUUAAAGAAGAAGUAGAACGAACUGUCCAAAUCAGGAGUUCGAUCUAGUGCAGCAUCGUAUAGGCCUGGAUAGCAUCCUGAUGUAUUUCCAUAGGCACAGAUUUGAACAUGAAUAUUUUAUCAUAUUUUACAGAAUAUAAUAUCACUUAUUGAUGA